AUAAGAAAGAGAGUGUGAAAUAAAAAAAAAUAAAGUGUGAAAAUUAUUUUUAAAAAACCGAACCAAACUCUAGCCACGCGCAUAGCCCUGGGUUCAGCAGCUUGCGGUGGCCGCAGCCUCAAAACACCCUAGCUAGGGUUUAAGAAAGGUUUCUUCCUCAUCAAGCCAAUCUUUGUUUCUCGUAGGAUUUCUCUUCCGUAGUGUUAAACCUGUGGGAAUAAAACCCUAGAACAGCUCAACGUAUUCGUAAAAUCAUUCACAGAUAUGGCGGAAGAAUUGAGUCAAUUGACUCUUGUGGCGAGGAAAGCAUGUUUUGGUCUCCCAACAGCUUGCCCUUCAUGCCUGCCUGUUUACAUUUACCUCAAGUUUGCUCAACUCCCCUUUUCCUUGGAAUUCAACCUAAUCCACCCUGAUUCAGAUCAAAUUCCUUAUGUUGAAUCUGGUACCUAUGUGGCUUAUAACAACGAGAAGGGUGGGGUUAUUGAGAGCUUAAAAGAAGAUGGUAUUCUUGAUAUGGACUCUGAAGUUCACUCUGUCCCUGAAUGGAUAUCCACAAAGGCAGUGGUUAAUUCGUGGCUUGCAGAUGCACUAAUGUAUGAACUCUGGGUGGGUUCUGAUGGAAGUUCUGCGCACAAGAUAUAUUAUUCUGACCUACCAUGGCCAAUUGGAAAGUUUCUUUAUUUUAAGCAAGUUCGAAUGGCAAAACAACUACUUGGAAUAACGAAGGAAAAUGCAGACCGAAGAGAAGAGGAGAUUUAUAGGAGAGCAACCAUUGCUUAUGGAGCUCUUUCAACUCGGUUAGGGGAUCAGGCCUAUUUCUUUGACAGGCCAACAAGUUUGGAUGCAGUUUUCCUUGGACAUGCACUUUUUACCCUGCAAGCAUUUCCUGAAACAUCAGUUCUGCGGGGCAAGCUCUUGGAGCAUUCCAAUCUUGUACAAUAUGCUGAUAAACUUAAACUGGAGUUCGUAGAAGGUGGUUCACCCUCUUCAACUCCACCCUUUCAUGCAGAUCCAUCUUCAUCGUUUCCAAGACGAGCAGGUUCAAAACCCAAGAGCAAACCUAAGAAGGAGAAGACAGAGGAAGAGAAAAAAUUUAAAAGAAGGGCCAAAUAUUUCCUGGUUACGCAGCUGGUAGCUGUUUUAGUUUUCCUGUCACUCCUGGGCGGAUCCGAUGAUGCUGAAGUAGAGCUUGAAGACGACGAUGAUUUAAACUAUAACGAAUGAACUGGAAAUCCUUAUAGCAGUUGAGCUUUCUCCUUUCAAGCGGCUAGCUUUCCUUGGUUGAAGGCCCUUCCCAGAGUGGAUUUGAUUUUUUCUUUUCUUUUCUUUUUUUGCUCUAUUUUCAACUCCUUUUUUGAAUGGAAAUUUCGCAUUGAUACGCAGACCAGUCAGUGGCCAGGACGGUAGUAUCUAGUUUUGAUGUUUAAAGCAAAUCCUUUUGCCACAAAUUGGAUUCAAUUUUGCCAUUUAUGAACAAAUCGGAGCGUACAAUUUUUGUUUA